CGUACUGCGAGUGUGAAUCCAAGUGGAAGAGAUCUCAGAACGAUGAUGUGAAGACCCUCAAAACACAACUCAGAGAGGGGCAAGUGGAUUAAGGGAGUUAUUUUCACAAAGGUGUUUGGCUAGAGACGGUCCAAGAUGUACCAAGAUCCUUACAGCUUUGACACCAACAGUUAUGCUAGCUCCGUCAUAUCCAAUGGCUUCUCAGUUGAGACAUCCUCCCAGGUGUCCAAUGUGUCCAGAUUAAGUGGCAGAUCCAUAUACACAGACCAGAGGAAAGCGUAUGUGGAAAACCUCAACAAUCAGAUGGGCCGCUUCCAGUACAGAGUCGAGCACCUGUUCACCUGUGACAUGGAUGGCCAGGACGUGAAUCUGGACGAUUGUGUCGAGCGUCUGAAUAUGCUGGAGGCCAUGGGCAGUGUGUGGGGCCAAGAAAUGUUCCUGCAGGUGCGGGAUGGGUCACUUCAGCUCGUCGACAUCGAGACCAAGGAGGAGCUGGAGGCGCAUCCGGCCAGUAACGUGUCAGGUGUGCAGGCCGUGCUGGACAACGCCGCGUAUAACUCCCUGCUGACCGUGGCUGUGUGGGAGGAACGCAAGAUGGGCUACAGCGUCUUCAUGUUCCAGUGCGAUUCCCUGAGGGCUGAUUACAUCAAACAAAAUCUAGACAGAGCUAUCAACUACAGAAGAGUUGACCAACCCAGGGACAAUAUGAGAGCUAUCAUGGCAGCCAAGAUGAGCAGUGUCCAUGAGAACAACGGACCCGCUUCAGUGGAGUGGGAUCGGCAAGAACAGCCCCCUAUGGAGUGGGACGCCCCAGACUAUGAUGAUAGCCCAUUGCCUACACCCACGCCUACGCCCCUUGCCAAAUCACCGGAGCCGGUACAAAGGCAACCGUCACCGCCUCCACCCCAGAGGACCCCCAGCCCCCAGCCCUACACAGAGAAGGAGAGAAAUGUGGACAUCUUGAAUCACUUGAUAAAUGAUAUCGAGGCAUUCGUGGGCAGAGUGAGAGACGUGGCACCAAAAGAGAAGAAAAAGAAGAAAAAGGAUAAGAAGAAGAAGUUCAAAGCUAUCAAAGGCAUGUCCUCUCCAGAGGAGUUUGAGAUCUACUUCCAGAAAAUCAAGUUUGCCUUCAACAUUCUGGGAGAACUGAAGGGGCAGAUCAGCGAUCCGAGUGCUGCUGACCUCGUCCACGUCUUCUUCUCCAUCCUCACCUAUCUGGUGAACUACUGCCCCGAGGAACUGCCCCCGUCCGUUGUCGUGCCCCUGCUGAUCCCGGAGAGCAUCCGGCUGAUGAGCGAAGAGGCCACCGCGGAGGAGGACCAGUUCUGGCAGUCGCUGGGAGACGCCUGGAAUAUCCCCAGCACCCAGUGGGGGGACGAUGACGAGGAGAUUGCCGAUUACUUCCCGACGUUCGAUGAUGGUUGGAUACCCCAAGACGUCACACCUGAGAGUGAGCUGCCGCAGCCGAAGCCGCAGCCGAAGCCGCGGUCACAGCCACCGCCGCCAUCGUCCAGUCGUCCACUCAGCAGGCAGCCCAGUCAGCACACCAAGCCUGAGACACCACUAAAUCAGGCCCCGUGGGAGCCCCCAGCCGAUGACGAAGAGGAGGAGGCCAAUUACAUGCGUGUGAUCUUCGACUUCACCGCCAGGAACCCGAGAGAGCUCAGCAUCUCAAAGGGAGAAAUUGUCCAGCUGCUGGACAUGUCCAAGCAGUGGUGGAAGGUUCGAAAUGAUGACGGAGAGGUAGGACACGUCCCAAACAACGUCUUGGAGCCACUAGACAAAAACCAGGAGGAACAACAGCAAGUGGUGACCAACCCAAACUUGACCAAGAAAUCUAAACCACCAGAGGUGAAGGCCUGGUUGGAGUACAAGGGAUUCAAUAAGAUCACGGUGCGUUGUCUGAGCAUGCUCAGUGGCGCCUCUCUUCUAGGGAUGACUCGCGAAGAGCUGAAGAUGAUUUGUCCUGACGAGGGGGGACGGGUAUUCUUCCAGCUGCAGAAUGUCAAGGCAGCAAAUGCUUUGGCAAGUGAGGUCAGACAUAUGGAAUAAGGACUCAACAAAAUGAACUGGACCCAAUGGAGAGUCUGAAGGACUAAGACAUAACUAAAAGCUAUGUGUACAGUCAUUUGGAUGCAGGAGCCUUUCCCUACAUGCCUGCUAAGAGCUUGAAAGGAUUCUUUGGAAACCACUGUACUUUACUGUAAAUGUAUGUUGUUAAUUUAAGUAUGAGAUUUAAGCUGGAGUUCUUGCAACUCCUAGCGAUCACUUCUGGGAUCCUCCAUUCUGCUGUUCCCAUGGAAACAAAUAUUGUGCCUGAUGCCACAUAUCUAUACAGCCUACGUGUUCAAUUAUGUCCAACUUCAUUCACACAUAAAAUACACUUUGUCUCUAUUUAUGCUCAAUUUUGUCUUGCCAUAACACUAUUUGUUGCACUGUGUAGAAUUACAGGGGCAAUUUCUCCACAACAUUGCUCUACAAAUGAAUUCAACUAAACUCUAUUCAUUUUCAAGAGUAGUAGUGAUUAAAUAAAACAAAUAAUAUGUUGCAUGUGUUACUUUAAAAAUAGUCUUGACAUAAUGCCAUGCGUGAAUUUUCUU